AUGGUCGGUCGCUAUCCCGUGAUUGCCUUUCUUUUGGUUUCACUGUUGUGGGGAAGUUGCCUCUGCUCGGCGUUGGGCCGUUCGGCAGGGCCCGCUUUGACACAGGCCGUUAAAGACAAAGUUUCCGAGCCCGUGAGAAGGCCGCCGUCUGCAGAAGCAGCCGAUAGGCCAAUCCCUCAAGUGAAGGCUAGCGAGGAAAUAGAAGAACAGGGACCGCCUGCGCGUCCUCUCUUGAAGAGGCCUAAUACGUGGGCUGUAUUGUUUGCUGUUCUGGGACUCGCCCUGGCCCUGGGAUACUCCGCUACCGCUCUCGAUACUGCGCAUGAAACGGACACCGUAGACGAAGACAGCAGCGAGGAAGAGGACGAAGACAUAACUUGGAAAUCAGGAGGAGCAAGGCCCCAAGAACAAGCCGCUGCAACAUUUUACGAUGUAAUUGACGGGGUAGCAAGCUCCAGGGAGUCUCAGCCGCUUCUCAAGAAUGAAAAAGUUCAAGCUCCGGUGCGUUACUAG